AUGUAUCUAGUGCUGGGAAGGUGCCUUCUCCAUGUGGCUGUGAUGAGUGCUCUGCUGGUUGUGGGGGCCACAGAAGGACUCAAAGACCAGGACUGGCCUGGUGUCUCAAGGCGGCUCAGAACCAAAGCCUGGAACAAGCACCUAUAUCCAGAGUGGACAGAAGGCCAGGGGUCUGACUGCUGGAGAGGUGGCCAGGUGUCCCUGAAGGUCGGUAAUGAUGGACCCACCCUGGUAGGGGCAAAUGCCUCCUUUUCUAUUGCCCUGGACUUCCCUGCAAGCCAAAGGGUGCUGCUGGAUGGGCGGGUCAUCUGGGCCAACAAUACCACUGUUAAUGGCAGCCAGGUAUGGAAAGGACAGCCAGUGUAUCCCCAGGAUCCCGAUGAUGCCUGCAUCUUCCCCGAUGGUACACCCUGCCCAUCUGGCCCUUGGUCUCAGAGAAGAAGCUUUGUUUAUGUCUGGAAGACCUGGGGCCAAUACUGGCAAGUUCUGGGGGGCCCAGUUUCUGGGCUGAGCAUUGGCACAGGCAGGGCAGUGCUGGGCACAUAUACCAUGGAAGUGACUGUUUAUCACCGCCGGGGGUCCCGGAGCUAUGUGCCCCUCGCCCACUCCCACUCAUCCUUCACCAUCACUGAUCAGGUACCCUUCUCCGUGAGUGUAUCCCAGCUGCAGGCCUUGGAUGGAGGCAACAAUCAGUUCCUGAGGAAUCAACCUCUGACCUUUGCCCUCCAACUCCAUGACCCCAGUGGCUAUUUGACUGGGGCUGACCUCUCCUACACCUGGGACUUUGGAGACAAUAGUGGAACACUGAUCUCUCGGGCACUUAUGGUCACUCACACGUACCUGGAAGCUGGCCCAGCCACUGCCCAGGUGGUACUGCAGGCUGCCAUUCCUCUCACCUCCUGUGGCUCCUCCCCAGUUCCAGGCACCACAGAUGGGCACAUGCCAACUACAGAGGUCCUUGGUACCACAGCUGGGCAAAUGCCAACCACAGAGGUCAUUGGUACUAUACCUAGUCAGGUACCAACUACAGAGCUCUCUGGAACCACAGCUGGGCAAAUGCUAACCACAGAGGUCAUUGGUACACCUGGGCAGGUGCCAACUUCAGGGGCCAUAGGUACUACACUUGUAGAGAUGCCAACUGAAGAGAUCACAGGCACCACACCUACAGAGGUGUCAAAUGCAGAGCCCUCUGAAACCACACCUGCACAUGUAACAACCAGAGGGUUGGUGGAGACCACAGCUGGAGAGGUAGCCAGCCCUGAGUCUGAGAGUCCAGAUGCCAGCCCAUUCAUGCCUACAGAAGGUGUUACAGGCUCUGUGAGCCCCCUGCUGGAAGGCACAGCCACCUUAACCCUGGUGAAGCGACAAGUCCCCCUGGAUUGCGUUCUGUAUCGAUAUGGCUCCUUUUCUCUCACCCUGGACAUUGUCCAGGGCAUUGAGAGUGCCGAGAUCCUGCAGGCUGUGCCAUCCAGUGAGGGGGAUGCAUUUGAGCUGACUGUGUCCUGCCAAGGCGGGCUGCCCAAGGAAGCCUGUAUGGACAUCUCAUCACCAGGGUGCCAGCCCCCUGCCCAGAGGCUGUGCCAGCCUGUGCCACCCAGCCCAGUCUGCCAGCUGGUUCUGCAUCAGGUUCUGAAGGGAGGCUCAGGGAUCUACUGCCUCAAUGUGUCUUUGGCUGAUGCCAACAGCCUGGCAAUGGUCAGCACCCAGCUUGUCAUGCCUGCCAUGCAUACAAUUUUGCACACAGGUCAAGAAGCAGGCCUUGGGCAGUUUCCCUUGUUUAUGGGCAUUUUGCUGAUGUUGAUGGCUGUGGUGCUUACAUCUCUUAUAUAUAGACGAAGACUUGCAAAGCAGGGCUCAGCUCUGUCCCUUCCCCAGCUGCCACAUGGCACCAUCCACUGGCUGCGUCUGCCCCGAGUCUUCCGCUCUUGCCCCAUUGGCGAGAGCAGCCCUCUCCUCAGUGGGCAGCAGGUUUGA